AUGGCGCUCGGUGUGACAUCAGAAAUGGACAUUGCGUUUGCCCUCCUGGCUGGACUGGAAUUUUAUGUGAUGAUCCGGCAUGUCGCGCUAGAUUGUCCUCCUGGGUUCUAUGGAGCUGCUUGUCAGGAGCAGUGCGCAUGCGCUCACAUGGAACUUUGCCACCCAGAGACUGGAACAUGUCAGUGUGACCCAGGAUUCUUUGGGGCCCGCUGCGCCAAAGAGUGCCCCUCAGGGUACUUCGGAGCAGGGUGCAAGGAGAUGUGCAAAUGCCAAGUUGAUCACACUGAGAGGUGCCACCCUGAAAAUGGCGCAUGUCAUUGCAAGCCUGGCUACCAAGGAAAAUACUGCACAGAGAGUAAGUACCAGAAUUAUGCGUGGAAACUCUGCGGACCGAAUUGUUUUCAUAUGUGAUAAACAACGUUUGGAACAAGCAGAGAAACCUAAAACGUUUAUUGACUUUAAUUGCGUGAGCUGAAUAACUCUGGGAGAUGAAGAUUGCCCAUAGAAGGAAUGACGCCUUUUAAAAGUAAAUUUCGGGGCUUGCAUGUAAAAAUAUCUUCUGUUUGUUAAGAUGGUUUGUUGGCUUCAUUGUCUGUUUAAAUCAUUUUUUUGUUGUUGGAAAGUUUAUUUGCUUGGUUAUUUAGCUUUUUUGUUGUUAUCAAU